ACCAUAUUUACGUAGGUAUUCCAUAAAAUAGGAGAGGCAUCGGCAAUCGGUUGGCGGAUCUCGGUCACCCAGAUCCCGUAGCGAAUAUCACUAUGGCACUUGUAUUUAUUCUGAUGUAACGGCUCGCGAAGCGACAGGAGGAGAAAGAACAGAGAUGGUUACUUAGGUGUUUAGUUGUUUUUAGUGUAAAUCGUCGAGUUAAAGUUGGUUGCCCAUAAAUGUCUUGGUCUAGCCCAAUUAUGGUGUUUCCAGUUUUUAGUGUUGUUAUUUACCCUAUAUAUUUGUAUCAUUCAAGCUAACGAAGCUUCACCAAGCUUCCCAGACAUGCUUGGUCAGUUAGCCUUUGCGCUUGCGCCGAUACACGCAGAAGCACCGCAUUUGAUUCUCGUUCUCUCGUUUUCUCGUUGCUGUUUAAAAUAACGAAAACAACCCACUAUAAAGUCGUGCAGUGCAGCGCUGGACGUGCAGCAGGAGGGGAGAUGGCCUCCGCCACCGGCCGUUCCCCGACCGUGGGACCCUCUCUCAACUCACCCGUACCAGACCGCUCGCUAUCGCUAUCGAGGCUAUCGUCCGAAGAGAGGAUCAAUGCUAUUCUCGAGACUGCCAGAGAGCGUGCCGACACAUUUGGCUCGCAGACAUCCGGCCGGAGCGCGAGGAUGAGCUUCCAGCGUUUACCAGAGCGCGACGGCGACGGCGAUGACGUACCCGACGAAACGACCAGAAUCGCGAACUCGCGCGGCAACGCGACGGACUACCAGAGCACGCGAAUGUCGCCCAACCCGAGAAACAGGCGACCCCCGCAGCAGCAGCAGCAGCAACCGGAACUCGAUUGCUCGGGAAUAAACGGUACGAACGGGGCAUCUGCCCACGCGGACGAGAAGAAGAAUUGGUUAAAACAUUACCUUAGCGGCGUGUGGUCGGUGGAAUUAGAGAAUAAAGGAAGCGUGGCUAGGGAUCAUUUGGCUCUGGAGCGGACAUUUCUCGCGUGGCUUCGAACAUCGCUUUCGUUCGCGUCUAUCGGGAUAGCCAUCACCCAGCUAUUCCGUCUGAACACGGCGAUAGGACCGGACGAGCAGCAUUUCGAGACGAUCCGUCGUGUAGGCAAGCCGCUCGGAUCAACGUUUAUCGGGAUAUCUAUAUUGAUCUUGUUGUUGGGAUAUCGGAGGUAUUACCAAGGCCAGCAGUGGGUGAUUAAAGGGAAAUUCCCCGCCUCGAGGGGAACGAUAAUAAUAGUCUCGGUGGUCGCAUGCGCGCUUAUAGUCGUUAGCUUGUUUGUGGUUCUAUUUACAUAGGUAACCUGGGUACGGGUGAUGCGAUAUAGCGGUUGGAGAUGGGGGAAACUGGAUGAAGAAUAACUCUUUGGAAAUCAAUAAUUUAUAAUGGUUUUUCCUCUUAGUGUGUACCUAACCUUAGGUAGGUAGGUAGGUAGGUACGAGAUAGGUACCUCUAUAUAUGCCAG